AUGGGUGACGCUGCCACAAUUUUGAGUGCCUCGUUUACGACCAGGCUGAGCCAUGAUAAAUGUAUUCACAAAGGCGAUGGGGUGAAGAGUGCCUUUGAUAUUAAAUUCUUUUGGUCACCCGUGGAUGAUUCCCCUAGGACACAUCGCGAAGACUAUUCCCUGGUCUUUUUGGAUGUUAAUAUCAACGGAUCAUCGGGGGCAGGCAGCGAGAGCAUCGAAAGUGGGCAGAAUGAUGGUCUGCAAGACUUGCUGAGUACAAUCAAGUCGUCGACUUCUCUCGUCGCCGGAGAAACAUGGAAUGGGCGCGUUCUUCUUGUUGUACCUGCGCGGUCUGGCUAUCUCGCGCGAACCAAGAUCUUCGAACAGCGCUUUAUCGGCUGUUCAGACUUGGGGUUAUUUCAGGACCGAACUGUCUUUGGAGGACCUACCAAGCCUGGGAACACCGAGGACUUUCGCUCGCUACUUGAUAGCUCUGUUCUUUUCAUCGUGCGGCCGAACAAUGAUCAAUCAUUAAUCGACGAAACUGCUGUCAUCGAAGAAGUGCAUUCUCGGAUCAACUUCGAAUGGCUACUCGAUGCUCAACCAAAAGAGACAAAGCUCGCUAUUGUUGAUGGCCAUCUGAACCUUCCAUCUUAUCUCCCGUUCUUCAACUCCGCGUCCGCUCUCGGGAUCAAGUUUGUGCUUCUUGACAAGCCGGAUCACUGGCUUACAGAUCCUUCUUUACAGCAUUUGUAUCAUGAUUUUGUACCAAUCGACAUGACACCGAAUGAAGAGUUUCAUCUACGCAUUGCUGAAGCCGUCAAAGCAUAUGGACCUGUGGAUGGCAUCUGUGCUAUCGCAAGUUAUUGCCUUCUUCCAGUCGCCAAGGCAGCUACUAUUCUAGGCCUACCAACAGAACUACCUGAGGCAGUUGCCUGUGCUGUCAACAAGUAUGAAACAAGACUUCUUGCCGGAGGCGCCGAGCCAACAACGCUUGUUUCAUCUGCAUCCGAACUGGAGGAGCAGAUUACAAGAAAAGAGUUUGCUCCGCAAUACCCAUCAAUUGUCAAGCCAGGCUCGGGAACUGGGUCCGCGCAUGUCUACAGAGCCGACAACGAGACUGAGCUCCUGGAAGGAGUGAGACGAACUUGUGAAGGGUCCAGCAAGAAGGCUCUCAUCGAGGCCUUCAUCGAGGGGCCCGAGUCCGACGUCAACUUUGUGCUUCUCGACGGGAAAAUCAUCUUCUUCGAAAUUUCCGACGACUUCCCCAGCCCCGGUGAUAACGGGACCAUUGACAGUGACUUCUGGGAGAAUACAAAUGUUCUCCCUUCGAAGCUACCAGCUGACGAGUAUACCAUUGUGCGUGAUAAUCUUCAUCAGGUAUUACUCAAAAUGGGUCUCAAAACGGGUGUUUUCCAUCUCGAAGCUCGUGUCCAGAAUUCCUCGAUGGAAUUUACUGAGAAAGAUGGCAUAAUUGACCUCCGUCCAGCGAAAACUGCCAACAACAAUUCACCACGCUGCUUCCUCAUCGAAGUCAACCCCAGGCCCCCAGGAAUGCCUGUCGUUUUGACAUCAGCAGGAGCUUAUGGCGUCAACAUGUACGACUUGCACCUACUCGCCAGCCUCGGAGACUACCAGCGGUUCCGAGGUCUCGCGAAGGCAUUUGACCAGGACACAAUUAUUCCAUACCACGCCAGAGCGUGGAGUCAGCUGGUGUGGCUUAGAGCCGAUAAAGGCGGCCAAUGUGCCUCUGACGACGUCUGUGGUGAAUUCCUGCAGCGCCUUUCGCCGAAGGAUCGAGAGCUUAUCACCGAAUCGGUGUGCUUUUUCCGUGAGGGCCAGCGCAUUCCCGAGCCGAAGCAAGGGGUUGUUUUGUUUGGGGCAUUCUUUAUUGUUACGUCUAGGACGAACCGGGAUGAUGUUCUACGUGUGUCUAGGAUCUUGCAGAGGGAGUUCUCAAUUCCGGUAACGUCUGUUUAA